GACCGUUCAAUCCUCUAUUGCACUAACGCCAAACACUCCAUGUUUUAUAUUUGUGACUUUGCUCCUUGUUUUGAGCAAUCGAUAUUACUCUUGCUAAAAUCUGGCAGUUUCUAUUCUGUCUGCCUCUUCUCAUUGUAGCAGAUGGCUCCUAAGAAGGAUGGAGUGAGUAAAAGGUUUAUGAACAAAGGAGCUUGGACAGCUGAGGAAGAUAGAAAAUUGGCUGAAUAUAUUGAGAUUCAUGGUGCAAAGAGAUGGAAAGCAAUCGCAAUUAAAGCAGGUUUGAAUCGAUGCGGCAAGAGUUGCAGAUUGAGAUGGUUGAACUACUUGAGACCUAACAUCAAGAGAGGCAACAUAUCAGAUGAGGAAGAGGAUUUAAUUCUUAGGCUUCACAAGCUGCUAGGGAACAGGUGGUCUUUGAUUGCUGGGAGACUUCCAGGGCGAACAGACAAUGAAAUUAAGAACUACUGGAAUUCACAUUUGAGCAAGACAAUAAAGCAGAAGGAGAGAACAGAAGAAACUUCAACUUCAGAACAAACUAUGCCCCAGAAAACUUGGGACACAGUCCAGAUGGAAGAAGAGGUAGUGAAAGGAAAUGAUGACAACUUUGAACAUAGCUUUGAUGUAAACGAGUUCUUCGACUUCUCGACUCAAGGUUGCUUUGGUUUGGAGUGGGUGAAUAAGUUUCUUGAACUUGAUCAUUAGGAUCCAUAGCAAUUGUAUAACAAGGUUGUAAUAAGCACGUUUCCUCUGAAAAAAAUAAAUAAAUAAAGAGAUGUUU